GUCAUCCAGAAAAACUACACAUUCAACUGUCACACUUUAAACAGAAGUACAAUUGGGACUGUGGUGUGUCAUGUGUACUUAUGGUAUUACCGGAAAAAAAGAAACAGAAAUUUUUGAAAAACUUUACACAAAUUUGUGAAAACGAAGGCUUCAAUAAAAGUACCUGGACGAUCGAUCUAUGCUACCUAUUGAAGAAAUUUGAUAUACGACAUGUAUUUUACACAAUAACCCUAGGGGUUCACGAGGGAUAUAGAGGAAAUAGUUUUUAUAAUAAUGUUCUGAACAAGGAUGAACAACGAAUUACUGCUAGGUUCAAGAAAGCAGAGGGCUUGGGAAUAUUGAUAAGGAAACUAUCUUUAUCAAUAGCAGAAAUAGUGACCCAUCUAGUCAACGGCCCCGUAAUAGUUUUAACAAAUGCGAAAAUUUUAACCUGUGAUAUUUGUAAAUUCAACAAGAUUUCCAGUGAAUUCAGAAAAUGUAUUCCAUGGCCAACUUCCUAUCAAGGUCAUUAUGUUGUGAUUUGUGGUUAUGACAUUAGUUCUAGAAAAUUUUUCUAUCGCAACCCAUCGUUUGGGGAUCAUGUUUGUACUAUUUCCAUGGAUUUACUGGAUCUUGCUCGGAAGAGUUAUGGAACUGAUGAAGAUAUAAUCUUCGUUUUCAAGUAGCUGAGACUUGACACAUAUAACUGGACGUAAUUCCUGUUAUGUGAAAACCUCAUAUCGAUGACAUUCAUUUUUAUAUUUUUUCGACCCUUCGAAAUUUUGUAUUUCGAACUUUUUAUCGUUUUUGUGUAGAUAUUUGAAUAAAUUAAACUUUUGAUUUCAAAACUUUUAUAACCAUAA